CCGUGUGUUCUUUUUUCAAUUUCUUCUAUGACAGUUGACCUAAUGUAUUCAUUUCCUUGAAAAAAAAAAAAGAAAAACAGUAGAGAGAGAAAGGAAAUGGGAAAUUCAUUUGGAUGCUCUGCCUCCGGCGAAAGAUUAGUAUCGGCGGCUAGAGAUGGCGAUUUGGUGGAGGCUAAGAUGCUUUUGGAUUGCAAUCCGUGCCUCGCCAAGUACUCUACCUUUGGAGGCCUCAAUUCUCCUCUCCAUUUCGCCGCCGCUAAAGGCCACAACGAGAUUGUCGCGUUGUUGCUUGAGAAUGGAGCUGACGUGAAUUCAAGGAAUUAUUGUGGCCAGACGGCAUUAAUGCAAGCUUGUCGAUAUGGGCACUGGGAAGUUGUACAGACUCUUCUUCUCUUUAGAUGCAACGUUACACGAGCAGAUUACCUUAGCGGAAGGACUGCUCUACAUUUUGCAGCGGUAAAUGGUCAUGCAAGGUGCAUUAGACUAGUGGUGGCUGACUUUGUUCCUAGCGCUCCUUUUGAACCUAUGCGUGCUCAGACAGAAGCCGAUACUGGGGAUGCUUCUAGUGCAAAAAACAAAUUAGACCAGAGUGCUCUUUCCAAGUUUGUAAAUAAGGCGGCUGAUGGUGGUAUUACUGCUCUUCACAUGGCUGCAUUGAAUGGGUAUUUUGAUUGUGUACAACUUUUACUUGAUAUUCAUGCAAAUGUGUCAGCAGUGACAUUUCAUUAUGGAACAACGAUGGAUUUGAUAGGAGCUGGAAGCACUCCUUUGCACUAUGCUGCUUGUGGGGGGAAUUUAAAGUGUUGUCAGAUCCUCAUUGCAAGAGGUGCCAGCCGGAUGACAUUAAAUUGCAAUGGGUGGCUGCCUGUUGAUGUUGCCAGGAUGUGGGGGCGUCAUUGGCUUGAACCUUUGUUGGCACCAAAUUCUGACUCCAACAUACCAAGAUUUACUCACUCUAACUACCUAUCCUUGCCUCUUUUGAGCGUGCUUAAUAUAGCAAGAGAGUAUGGGAUGCAGAGCUUGACAACCUCAUCUGAUGACCCUGAUAUUUGUGCUGUUUGUCUGGAGAAAGCAUGUAAUGUAGCUGCUGAAGGGUGUGGGCAUGAGCUCUGUGUAAGAUGUGCGCUGUAUCUUUGCUCAACAAGCAACAUUCCUUCGGAAAUGGUGGGCCCACCUGGCUCCAUUCCAUGUCCUCUUUGCAGACAUGGCAUUGUAUCUUUCGUUAAAUUGCCUGGUUACCCAGCAAAAGAAAUGAAACUUCCUUUGUCCCUUGGCCUCUGUACUCCAUGUAUGCUCCACUCCCGUGAAACAGAUGGACAAUCCCCAGCACGUGUGCCAGAGAUCCGAAAGAAUCGUGUGGCUUCAGUUUCUUCUGAUUUCAUGUGUCCAGUUACUUGUAGCCCAUUUCCUUCUGUUGCAAUCCCUUUAUGCACCUGCAAUGAUGGCCCAUGCCCAUCUUUUGAACCUCGAACUGUGGAAACUCGAGAUGAUUCCCCCCGACGUUCACAAACAACAUCUGUAGUCCAGGAUAAAAUUGAAGGGCCAAGACUAGAGAAAACAAGCUGUUCAGGGAUGAUGUUUUGGGGUAGAAGAAGCUGCAGCAGGGAGCACCAGUGCAAUUCAGAAAUAAAUGCAUGAUUACUUGGAUGGGGUUUAGAUUCUAUAGAUCAUGAUUGAAUAUUUCAGUUGGCAUGUUUAUGUGCAAGGUGGUGAUAUUUGAUCAGUAAUGGUCUCGAUAACAAAAUUUUCAAAAUCCAUGUUUGCUUCCAGUUUUUGUAUCGGCCAGCUACAUGGUAAUGAAUGUGGGUUUCAAAACAUGGCAAUUGACUGCCAUUUAGGUAUCUUUUUAAGAAGUAUUUGGUGAGGGUUGUAAAAAUUGUAUGGGUUGGGGGUUUAUAGAUUGAUUUGUAAUUGAAUGUGUCAUUAAGGAACAUGACUAUUAUACUUUCCUCUUUGUUGUGUCAUUAAAAGCAAUUGCAGUGAGUUUGUUUGCUGUGAUUA